GAUAAACAAGCAGCCAGCCAUCGCAUAAGGCAGCAGGAACAUGGCGGCGGCACAGUUAGCUAUAAUGCUGUUUCACCAAUCCGAAGGUCAGAGCCGGACAUAACGUACAGGAUUUAAAAGGAACCAAACUACUAGAUGUGGGUGAUGCCAAGGAGUUUCCAGUUGUUUCCCUCGCGCAGAGAUGCCCUGAGGUUGUAUUUGGACUGAUGCCGAGUCGCUGAUAUGCAUUGAAGAUGAGUGGCGUAGGAGAUAACUCUUCGGACUCUGGCCGGACAGAGGCUCAGAAACGAAAAGAAUGUUCCUCAGAGCUACUGGGCCCAAGUACCAAACGAAGCACUGAAAAGCGCAACCGGGAGCACGAGAAUAAAUACAUCGAAGAGCUCGCCGAGCUGAUCUUCGCCAACAUCAACGACAUUGACAACUUCAAUGUCAAGCCUGACAAAUGUGCAAUCUUGAAAGAAACUGUGAAGCAGAUUCGUCAAAUAAAGGAGCAAGAAAAAGCUGCCACAGCCAAUGAAGAGGAGGUGCAGAAGGCAGAUGUGUCGUCGACAGGCCAAAGUGUUAUUGACAAAGAUGCCCUCGGACCCAUGAUGCUUGAGGCCCUGGAUGGCUUCUUCUUCGUGGUGAACAUGGAGGGCAACAUCGUGUUUGUGUCGGAGAACGUGACUCAGUACCUGCGUUACAACCAGGAGGAGCUGAUGAACACCAGCGUCUACAGCAUCCUGCAUGUGGGCGACCACGCCGAGUUCAUCAAGAACCUGCUGCCCAAGUCCCUGGUGAACGGGGCUCCGUGGUCGGGCGAGAACCCGAGGCGGAACAGCCACACGUUUAACUGCCGCAUGCUGGUGAACCCUCACAGCGAGCCGGAGGACGAGCAGCAGGAGCAGGAGGCCCAGCAGAAGUACGAGACCAUGCAGUGCUUCGCCGUGUCCGAGCCCAAGUCCAUCAAGGAGGAGGGAGAGGACUUCCAGUCGUGUCUGAUCUGUGUGGCGAGGCGGGUUCCCAUGAAGGAGAGGCCCAUGAUGUCUGCACACGAGAGCUUUACCACCCGCCAGGAUCUCCAAGGUAAGAUCACGUCCCUAGACACCAGCUCGUUGCGGGCCUCCAUGAAGCCUGGCUGGGAGGACCUGGUGCGGCGGUGCAUCCAGCGGUUCCACCUGCAGAACGACGGCGAGAUGUCUUUCGCCAAACGCCACCAGCAAGAGGUGUUGAGGCAUGGCCAGGCGUUCAGCCCCAUCUACCGCUUCUCCCUGGCAGAUGGCACCAUCGUGUCGGCACACACCAAAAGCAAGCUGGUGCGCUCCGCCACCAACGAGCCCCAGCUCUACAUGUCUCUGCACAUCCUGCAGAGAGAGCAGCCGGUAUGUGGCAUGUCCCAGGAGAUGGGCGCUGGCCAGGGGAUGGGCAAAGCCCUGAACCCCAGCUCCGCCAUGCCCAGCCUGGGCGGCAUGACCCCGGGCUCGCAAGGCCAGGACACCACGGUCAGCAGUAACUCCUCCACCUCCUCAAGCUCUGGCUUCUCUGCUCAGGGGGGCCCCAAGGAGCCAGGGGCCUCCCCCAUGGGCCCCUCGCCGGGCUACCGUUUCAACUGCCCGGGAGCCGGGGCAGGCCAGGGCACCUAUGGGCCGCUGAAGAUGAACAGCCCCUCGCAGAGCAGCCCGAGCGUGCUGUCGCCGCGGCAACGGGGCAGCCCGGGCGCGGCCGGUUCGCCGCGGCUACCCCCGCCACAGUUCUCCCCGGCGGCGUCUGGCGGCGGCAACAGCAGUCUGCACUCGCCGGCGCCGGGCCACGGCUACAGCAACUCGCUGCAGCAGCUGCAGGCGCUGAGCGAGGGCCACGUGGUCAGCCUGGGCGGCAGUGGCCUCGGCUCGCCCGACCGCAAGACCAUUGGCUCGCCGGCCUCCGGCGUGCUCACCACGCACAUGCUCAACAAGAUGCCCGCCGGAGCAGGAGCAGGAGGAGCAGGGGCGGACGGGUUCGGAUCCGACCCAAAUCAGCAGAAUCAAAACCAGGCCAUGGAUCCUAGCCGCACCCCAGGGCACCAAGCUGAGGACUGCUCGGACCCCAAGGACGAGAAGGACCCCAGCCUAGGUGGGUUCGGCGGGCCUGGGCAGGGCGAUUCGGCCUCGGACCCUCAGAGUCGCCUUCACGACAGCAAGGGCCACACCAAGCUCCUGCAGCUGCUCACCACCAAGACGGAGCCCAUCGAGCCGCCCUCCCCGCCCAUGUCCGGAGACCCCUCCUGCAAGGACCCCUCGUCCGGGGGCACCAUGGGGCUCGGCCUGGGCAUGGGAGGCCCUGGGCCCGCAGGGGGCCACAGCACCUCCCUGAAGGAGAAGCACAAGAUCCUCCACCGGCUGCUCCAGCACAGCACCACGCCCGUGGACCUGGCCAAGCUGACCGCCGAGGCCACGGGCAAGGAGCCGGGCGCGGAUGGCGCCGGGGCAGGGGGCAACGGCAGCGCCGGCGUCGGAGGACUCGGGGAACUGAACCCCAAACAAGAGCCCAUCAGCCCCAAGAAGAAGGACAACGCGCUGCUGCGCUACCUGCUCGACAAGGACGACAACACCAAGAUCAAGGUGGAGCCGGGCGGGGAGAUCAAGCUGGAACCCGCCGGCAAGAUGCCCAUGGUGAAGACCGAGAAGACCGAGAUGGGCUACGAGAGAGCUGAACCGUCGAGUGAGCUGGAUGACAUCCUGGAUGACCUGCAGAACAGCCAGUUCGGCGAGAACCGGCCCGGCUCGGUGCCGGCCACCAUGGACAAGCAGUCCAUCAUCAACGACAUCCUGCAGAUGAGCCAGGACGCCGGCGCCGCCAUGGGCCCCAACCAGCAGCCCAAGGCCUUCCCCCCCAUGGGACCAGCCAACUUUGGUGGCCCCAGGCCGGGUCAGGGAGGGAGAGCUCCCCCAGCCAGAAGCAUGUCCCUAGACAUGACCAUGGCUGCCAAGGCCUCCCCCGGUCAGUUCCCCCUCAUGAGGAACAGCAGCCCAUACAUGAUGCAGCAGCAGCAGCAGCAGCAGCAGCAGCAGCAAGGCAUAAUGGGAAAUCACAGGGUCAUGGUCAACCCAGGAGUGAUGGGGGCCAACAGUCCCCGUGGGGCCGGCCUGCAACAGGAGGCCUGGGGCCCCCAUGGCCCUGCGGUCAGCAGCUCGGCCCCGACCCCCGCCUCCGUGGCCCAGGGCCUCCAGCAGGGGGCGCUGCACGGUCGCAUGGUGGCCAACGCGGCGGGCCCCGGGGGGCCCAUGAGGCCCAACAGCCAGCCGGGACCCAGACAGAUGCUGCAGCAGCCCCAGAUGAUGCCCGGGGGACAAGCAAACAUGGAUAUGGGCAUGGUGGCGCACCAAUUCUCCCAGCAGCAGGUGCCACCCAAUCAGACGGCCCCCUGGCCAGACAGCAUGCUGCCCAUAGACCAGGUGCCCUUUGCCAACCAGAACAGGUCGGUGUACGGUGCCCAGGAGGAUGUGCUGUGUGCGCCCCCUAGUGAUGGCCCCACUGACGAGGGGGCCCUGCUCAGUCAGCUCUACAGUGUGCUCAAGGACGCCGACUGCCUGGACGAGAUCGACAAGGCCCUCGGCAUCCCCGCACUGGUGGGACAGAGUCAGCCUCUGGAACAGGAGCAGUUCCCUGGUCAGGACCCGAGCCUGCUGCUGGACCAGAAGCUGCCGGUCUACCCUCCCCAGCAGUACGGCCCUCCCCCCGGCCACAUGGCUCAGGGCGGCUACGGGCCGCUGCAGGACCCCGCGGCGGCCGGCUUCCACGGCAUGCCGGUGCAGAUGGGUCAGCGGCCCGGCUACCCUAUCCAGCUACGCAUGCAGCGGCCGGGGCUGAGGCCGCCCGGCGUCGUGCCCAACCAGCCCAUACGCCUGCAGCUGCAGCACCGACUACAGGCCCAGCAGAAUCGUCAACCAGUGCUGAGCCAAAUGGCAGGAGUGCCGAACAUGAACCUACCUCUCAGACCCAAUGUACCCAAUCAGGGGACCAUCAACGCUCAGAUGUUGGCCCAGCGGCAGCGUGAGCUGCUGAGUAACCACCUGCGCCAACGGCAACAGCAAGUCCAGCAGCAGCAGCAGCAGCAGGCCCAACAACAACAACAACAACAACAACAACAGCAGCAGCAGCAGCAGCAACAGCAACAGCAGCGUCUAGCCAUGAGAGCCCAGGGCCUCAACCUGCCCCCCAACAUGGCCGCUGCCGCCGCCGCCGCUGGCCUGCCCGGGGCCCUGGGCAACGCGCGGAUGCCCCAGGCCAGCCCCCAGCAGUUCCCCUACCCGCCCAGCUACGGUAUGAGUCAGCAGCCUGAUGGUGGUUUCGGAGGAGCCACCACCCCCCAGAGCCCCCUCAUGUCGCCCCGCAUGGGCCACGCUCAGAGUCCCAUGAUUCAACAGCCCCAGGGCAACGCCAGCUUCCAGUCUUCACCAGACAUGAACGGCUGGCCACAGGGCAACAUGACAGGCAACAACAUGUUCCCCCAGCAGUCUCCACCGCAGUUCGGCCAGCAGUCCAACGGCAACAUGUACAACGGUAACGGCAUGAACCUCAACGUCUCUAUGGCAACCAACGCCGGCAGCAUGGGCCAGAUAAGCAGCCAGAUGAACGUCACGUCCAUGGCCUCCGAACAGAAAUACUGUUGACCUCAGCGAUGGCAGAUGUCCCUAUGGUGCCCCGUGGCACCACCCUCUCCCCCUCCGGACAGAAUCCCCAACCAGGCAGCCAGCCAGCGAGCCAGCCAGCCAACCCUCUCCAGCAUACAAACCUCCACCUCCUGAGCCAACCUCCAGAACCUGGGCCCAGCUGCACCCCCGUCUGCUGCCCAGCCUUGAGUAUUCCCGACUGGGACGUGGCCCUGUGUGGAUCCCCUGUGAUGGGGGGCUGUCCCAGGACAAACAAGUGGGGUGUCGGCUGGGCCAGAGAUUUUUCUGGAACAGAGGCCAGGACGGGCCGGUGUGGGGUGUUGGACAUCGCUUUGAGCUUUUGGGACCUGCAGCCCCGUACCUACCCUGCCGCACGCCACCUUUGGCCGCAGCCUGAGGAUCCCCAAAAAACACAUACACACACACAUACACACACACACUCACACCCCCCCCUCCCAGAAGUGCAAAGCCCUGUCAGUAAAGCCAGCCAGUCUCUUUUAUCGCAUUCACCGUAGUGUGACUUAGGUCCCCCCAACCCCCCCACCACCCCCACCCCAACUCACACACACACCCCUGCGACUCCC